UCCUGGACGUGUUUAUUAUUUACCAUAGAUUAAGAUUUUUUACAUGGCUGGUUCUUUAUCUUAUUCCGUAAUUGACGAUUUAGUCGAAUUAGUUCUUUAGUUUUAUCUUCUUCUUGUCGCUUUCAUUUCUCUAAAAUAGUAGUUUUUAAUUUAAUAUUAAUAAUUACUUUGUUCAUCAAAUUCUGAUAUGAAAACCAUGCAAAAUGUACAUUUCUCAACCUCUUUUUCUUUGUCAAACGGUAGGACAAAGCUUUGUAAACGGUGAAGAUACAACAAAACAAAAUUGAAACAAUUUAAAAAUUAUUAACAAAAUUUGAUUUACUCAAUUAUUUUAUAAAAAGCAUGAAAAAUUAAAAAUUGCUCUGUGCUUUGCCGGGAAAAUAUUUUUUCACAACAGGGUUUCGCGGAAAUGAUCUCCUCAAGAUUCCUAAUCCUCACGGUGAUCUGCUGGGGCUGGGCGAGAUCGGACUGUAUUGAAAAGGAAGCGACCGAGUCCUCAGACUUUUACUACAGACGAUGCAGAUACCGUUGGAACCACGAUGACGACUCGUACAAUCUGUUCUGCCCGGGAAGCAAGAUUAGUUGUUACAACGCGACGUUGGCAGAAAUAUUUACAAAGUCGGAACAAUUAUUCUACAAAAUCUACGUCACGAAUUCGUCGAUCACCCAACUUCGUGACGGGAUCGAAUCGAACAUCAGCACUCUCCACAUGGACGGGGUGGACCUCGAAAUCAUCGAUUCGGGGUUUUUUGAUCACUUACGUAUGUUAGAAGUUCUCGAAUUGCCCAACAACCACCUGUCGAUGUUGGAACCGUCGGUUUUCCAUCCCCUCCAGCGACUUCAAACUUUAAAUCUCGCCAACAACUGGAUCGCCCGUUUAGACUCACGCUUGUUCAAUGGAUUAGAGAGGCUUACCGUCAUAGAUCUCAGUAGGAACCGCUUAACGUAUUUACCAGACGGACUUUUUGCCGAUCAAACCUACUUCCAAGUAGAAUUCAUGGGCAACGAGCUAACUGAGAGAGACGUCAUUAGACUAAUCGAGUCAAACCCCACCAUUCGAACUGCCAAGCUAGGCCACAAUAAGAUCGCAUUGUUGAAUACCACUGGACCGACCGCUGUCCUGAAUCUGACAGGCAACCUCUUGGAGAAGAUCGGUGAUUAUUUCGCGCAACGUUCAUUGAUGAUUAUAGAUCUCAGCCGCAACGUCAUAUCCAGCAUCGAGGCGAACGCGUUCGCGUACGCUCAAAGCCUGUCCGAGAUCUACUUGAACGACAACAAACUACGCAGCCUGCCCGUAGGGUGUUUCAGUUCGCUCGACACGCUUAAGGUUUUAAAUCUGGCCCGCAAUUCCAUCCACGCGAUCCAGUUCGGCUUGCUUGAUCCCCUAGCUUCAUUGCAAUAUCUCGAUUUAUCGCACAACGCACUGACGCUGGAUUUCCACAUGGUGAUACCGCUCACCCGACUCGAGAGACUCAAUAUCUCCGGCUGCCACACUCGCAACCUGAACGCAGAACUCCUCGUCAUCCAUUUCCCCAAACUGAAAACCUUGUCGGUGGAUAAUGGGACGUGGAGCUGCGCACGGCUGGCCAAAAUCGUCAAUCACCUGCGCAAAGCAGACGUAGAGGUGCCUCACGGCGAGGUCCGCAACGCCAGCAACGUGCUCGGUAUCUCCUGCCUUGACAACGGGGACGAGGAAGAUAUCGCAUUUGAGCGGAUGGAUUCGCAGGAUCCGUCGGUGAUGGAUUUUCGCGCUUUUUUAAAAUACAUGAUGAACCGUUACGAAAAUCUGGAGAUCCGGAAAAAUCGGAUUCGGCAGGUAUUAGAAGCGAACGCGAACGACUCCACCGCGCUUCUGAAGAAGUUAUUCCACGACUACCAAGAACAAGGGGACCAGUUGGCGGAUUAUUUCAUCGCCGCGAACGCGAAUCGAAUCGUCUGUAACGUCCUGCUGGUGGUAAUUUGUGCCUGCCUUCUUUACGGCACGCAUUUGAUGAGAAAGCGCAAGGUUGUGGUGGAAGACACACCGUUGUUAUAAAAUUAAGUAUCACCCAUGAAACAUCUAGGGAUGUGAUUUCUUUCAUUAUGGCGGUGCAAUGAACUGACGUAAUUUUAUAUACAUUUUUUAUUAUAAAGGGCUUAAGAGCACACUACUUCAAUCUAUGUAUACAUUAGUAAAACACAUUUUCAAUUGAUUGGAUAGUUUCUUUUUUAAAUGGACAAGUUACCGGCAAAGUUGGAAAUCUGGAAUUGUUUAAUGAAAUAAAUUAUAUCACAUAAUAUUACAUACAUCUGCUAGGCCUUUUAUGGAAUAAUUGGCAACCUAUCGAAUAUUCUUAAAUAAUAUUAAAUUUAAUUACUUAUUUAAUUAUUGUGAAUCAAAUUACAUUAAAUAAUUAAUAUAAGAUUAAAUUAAAUAAUUUUACUAAUAGUUCGGGUCCACAGAUGAAUUCAGAUAAUCUCGACCAUAUUUUAUACAAGUUAUGUCCUCGGCUGUACCUGUUAUCCCUCAAACCAGAUUUCAGGUCAAACUAGUCUGUCCUAAAUCAGUUUAUGACAAACGAGAAAAGGAACAAGAACUAGCUCACAUCGAACAACACGUAGUUUUUCCCGAAUCAAAUGGGUUUAUCUUACACGAAAUGAAUGAAACUUGCAAGCAUUUUUUUCAUGGUGACUUCAUCAGCAGCUGUGUUAUCAGCAUAUAUAGCCAGUAACUCUAUGGACGAGGUGAAAGCAGCCGAGGCUUGUACAUUUCAAGAGAGAUGUGCUAAAAAUAAAUACAUUGCAGUAACGAAGAAGUUUUGUUAUCGGGCUCAGUGGGAUUCCCUUGUUGAGACGUGCCCUGAAGAUCCUGGCGGAUGUAGAAGAAAGAAGACAACCCUUUAUUCAGAAGCGUUUUGAUGUGCCACUGGAAUUGCAUUCUGAAUCGCAGUCGAACAAUUCCGUAAUGAA